AUGCAGCGAGGCAAGGCGCCCCUGCGGUGCAGCAGAGGUCCCUGGCAGGGUGGGCGGGCUGGGGGCGCGCAGGGGGUUGCGGGGGCGGGGGGGUUUAGGGGGGCGGAGCAGAUGGGCGCUCCAGGGGGUGUCUGGGGAGGGGGAGUUGCUCCAGGCAGGGGAGGGGGGUGGGGGUCGCUGCUGGCUGUCUGUGUUGCAGGGGCGGCUGGGUGUGCGGUGAUGGAGUUGGGGGUGGGGCAGGUGGGGCAGGUGGUGGAAAUGAGCGCAAGGGGAGCAGCAGCAGCAGCAGCAGCAGCGGUGCAAGCGGCAAGUCCACGUGGCGGCACUAAUUGCAGGAAGCGUGUGGUGGUGCUGGGGUCUGGGUGGGGCGCCGUGAGCUUCCUUAAAGCCAUCGACGCCCAUGGGUAUGACGUCACACUCAUCUCGCCCCGCAACUUCUUCCUCUUCACCCCGCUGCUGCCAAGUGUCACCACGGGAGUGGUCGAGGGCAGGAGCAUCGCUGAGCCAAUCAGACGCAUCCUGUUGAGGCACGGCAGCUCAGCUCGCUUCCUCGAGGCAGAGUGUACGGCCAUCGACCCCGCCUCCAAGACCCUCUCCUGCCGCGCCCCUGCUGCCCUGCCCCCUCCGCUGCCCGUGCCGACUGUUGCAAAGGUUGGAAGCCAGGAGAAGGGUGACGGGGAGAUGACACGAGGAGGAGCUGAAAGAAAAGGUGGUGGCUCUUCUGGUAGCGAUAGUGGUGCUGCUGCUGCCGGGGGUGGUGCUGCUGCUUCCGGGGGUGGUGAUUCUGCUGCUCCGAGUGGUGGUGGUGCUGUUGAUGGAAACGUAGCUGCUGCUGGGGGUAACACGGGAGGAGGUGGCGGCGAGAGUGGCGGCGCGUGUGGCGGCGCCAGGGAGGUGCGGUUCACAGUGCCGUACGACAUGCUGGUGGUGGCCAUGGGGGCCGUCCCCAACACGUUCAACGUUCCAGGCGUGCAGCACCACUGCCACUUCCUCAAGUCGCUGGACGAUGCAGAGGCCAUCAGAAACACCCUCAUCGACCGCUGCGAGAUGGCGUGCCUGCCAGGAAUAGAAGCAGACGAGCAACAGAGGCUGCUGCACGUGGUGGUGGUGGGGGGCGGCCCUACGGGCGUAGAGGUGGCAGCAGCAGUGCACGACAUGGUAGAGGGCGACCUAUACCGCCUCUAUCCUGGCCUAAAAGGGAAGGCUUCUGUGUCUCUGCUGCAGUCGGGAGACCACAUCCUCAACAU